AUGCAUCCGAGUCGCCUGGACACUCAAGGCCACUUAGGGGCUAAAGCUCCUUUGUUGGAGUUUCUCGGCAGACUUGUUGCCAGGCAGGAAAAGAGUCCAAGAGAGGCCCUCUUUCUAGUUCUCCCCCCCCCUUCUCUUCGUGGGAGACUCUGUCGGUCGGUUGCUGGUCGCAAGAGCAGCCGAAUUAGCAUGGUUUGCAUAGCCUCCAACUUUCUGAGUGACAUUGGCUUAGGAGAGCCGGUUUCUGCACCCGCAGAUGAUGGUUGGCGAUUCGGAGAGGAUGACAGGAAGAAGAGCAGACCCCCGGAUUGGGUGCUGGAAGGCGAUCCUGCCCGCAUCCACGAGGGUUCGAAGUUGGAUGAUGCUUGCGCCGGCUUUGCCUGGCGUCCCGGCAAAGACAAGUGCACGCAAGGUAUCUGGCUUUGGAGCUCCCCCUUUGUCUUCCGCGAUCAGGAUGGCCGAAAGAUCGCCGUGCUCCUGAUGGACACACAAGGUGCUUGGGACGAUACCAUGACCAAAGCGCAAAGUGCCACUAUCUUCGGCUUGACCGCUUUGCUUUCGUCCAAGCUGAUAUACAACAUCCAGAACCGCGUGGAGGAAGACAAGUUGGAGAACAUGGAUUACAUUACCACGUUCGCGCAAACUGUUUGCAGUGACCUUCCAGGCAAAGAUGCACCGUUUGGGCACCUGGAGCUGUUGGUGCGAGAUUGGGUGAACUACGAGGAUGGAUUUAACAUUGGUGAAUGCAAGGAACAGAUGCGGGAACAUCUGGAUGAUCAUCUUAGUGAGAAGAAGGUUCCAGAGGAUGCCAAGCCGCGGGUAGAGCGACUCAAGUCCACGUUCCGCAGUAUAGCAGCCUGGGGCCUGCCUCAUCCCGGCCUGAAGGUCACAAAGCCCACAUACACUGGAGAGAUAGAGUCCAUCGAUACUGACUUCCUGUACUUGUUGGACAAGUUCAGUGAAGACUUCUUCGGUGGCGGGAAGUUUCCACAGCCGUCAGCCCCUUUGGGCUGCGAGAUCACCACGACAGGUUUCCAGCAGGUUGUCAUGAACUUUGCCAAGGCGUUCAAAGAAAAUGCGCAGGACAUGGCAAUCGGACUGAGAGAGGCUUUCGUGAAAGUGGAGACAGUGUCUGUGAAAGAGGACUUGCACAAACGCUUCAGGGAGACGCUGAAGAAGUUAGCGCCAGAGUCCAGGGUUCUUGACCCUCAGCAGCUGACGCGAGACCUGGAUGGGCUGCUCUCCAGAAUUAUGGAGGAGUUUAAGCUCAAACUGAAGCCCUGGCGAAUGCCAGCACCGGACGAAGAACAGGCUGUGACAGAUUUUCAGCAGGUGCUUGCUGAGGCUGUGCAGCAGAGAAUCUUAGUGAAUGACCAGCAGGUGGAAGGCGGCACUUUAAAGCUGUUGGCUUCACCUGUAGUCGGAACAGGUGGCUACUUUCUAUUGGCCCACCACAUCCUGCUAUUCUUGGUGACUGGAGGAGCACUGUAUCACACUGCCAACAAGCAUGCUCAAAGAGAGUCUGUGGAGCUCUACGAUGUUAAGGUGCUCUCCAACGUCUGGGAGGAUGUGCAGACUUGGAGCAUCCAGCGAUGGAAGGAUCUACAGGCGAUCCAAGUGGCCUUGAGCCGCCUCACUCCCAAUGAUGCGGUGCAGACCCUCAUGAAAGCAUCCAAGACUGCCAGCUCGAUUGCGACGCAAGCGGCAGCAGCUGCGAAUCAAGCUGCGACGUCAGCCACGUCGAAUCUCAACCAGCAGGCACAUCAAGGGUGA